UUAAAUUCGAUGUACAAAAUGAAGGUUAAGAAUUCUUAUUUGCUAUGAGAUGGCGCUAUGUUUCUAAUAAAUAACUCGUUUUCUAUUAUUUUCUACACGUGGAUUUAAUUAUUGUGAUUUAUUUUAUACACAUUUAUGUAAUUUCAUAUUUUAUGUAAAAACGUGAUGUAAAAUGGUUGCAAUAGGAAAAAAGAAGUAUCAGUCUGGGGAAGGAGCACAGUUUAUGACAAGAAAAGCUGCUUUAAAAAAAUUGCAGCUCACUUUAACUGAUUUUCGCAGAUUAUGUAUAUUGAAAGGAAUAUAUCCAAGAGAACCACGUAAUCGUAAAAGAGCGCAAAAAGGAGACCCUGCUAUCAAAAUAUUAUAUCAUAAAAAAGAUAUUCAAUUUUUGAUGCAUGAACCAAUAAUAUGGAAAUUAAGAGAAUUUAAAAUAUUUAAUAAAAAAGUUGGAAGAGCAAGAGCUUUGAGGGAAUUUUCAGAUAUGAAAAGAUAUUUAGAUAAUCAUCCUACUUUAAAGCUAGAUCACAUUGUUAAAGAACGUUAUCCAACAUUUAUUGAUGCACUUAGAGAUCUAGAUGAUUGUUUGACUUUAUGUUUUUUGUUUAGUACAUUUCCAUCCCUUAAUCAUAUACCAAGAGAUCAAUCAUUAUUAUGUAGAAGAUUAACAGUUGAAUUCUUACAUGCUAUAAUUGCUGCUAAAGCUUUACGUAAAGUAUUUGUAUCUAUUAAAGGAUAUUAUUAUCAAGCAGAAAUUAAGGGACAAAUAAUAACUUGGAUUGUACCUCAUCACUUCAGUUUUGAGCCUCAAGCAAAGAAUGAUGUAGACUUUAAAAUUAUGUCUAUAUUUGUAGAAUUCUAUAUCGUGAUGUUAGGUUUUGUUAAUUAUAGGCUUUAUCAUAGUCUUAAUUUAUAUUAUCCUCCAAAACUUACUACUAAUGAUAAUAGUGAAAAAAUACUUGUUGAUGAAGAAGUAUAUGUAUCGGAAAGAAUAGCAGCAUUAAAUGUACCUUUAGUAAAUCUGGAUCCUACAUUACAAAAUGUAGAAGAUGAAGAAUUGGAGAUAGAUAAAUUUGCAAAUGAAGGUGAUGCUACAAAUAUGGAAGAGGUUAGGAUAGAAGCAGAAAAAGUUAAAAAAUUAAAAACACUUUUCAAAGGUUUAAAAUUUUUCUUGAAUAGAGAAGUACCAAGAGAACCUUUAGUUUUUAUUUUACGUUGUUUUGGAGCUGAAGUAUCUUGGGAUAAAUUACUCUUUGUUGGUGCAACAUUUGAUGAAAAUGAUGAGACAAUAACACAUCAUAUAGUGGACAGACCUAAUAUGACUAAACAAUAUAUUUCUAGAUAUUAUGUACAACCACAGUGGAUUUUUGAUUCAGUAAAUGCUAAAGAAUUAUUACCUGUAGAAAAAUAUUUAAUAGGUUGUGUACUUCCGCCACAUCUUUCACCAUUCUCAAAUAAUCAGCAUGAUCAGACAUAUAUUCCACCAGAGGAACGUGCUCUUAUGGAUCCUGAAUUUAAACUUAAUAAUGAAGAUGAAUCUGAAGAAGAAGUAGAAGAAAAUAAAAAAGAAAAUAAUGAAAAUGAAGUGCAGGAAAAAGAUUUAAUAAAAAAUUCAGAAGAGAAAAUUGAAGCAAGAGAAUCUUCUGGUGAUUUAGAAACAACAAUCGAUGAGAAAGAACAGCAACGAAAUCGAUUAAAAAAUAAAAUGAAAGUUAAAACUGGAGAAGUGAUAAAGGAAGAUCCAUGGGAAAAGAAACGACAGGAGAGACAAGAAUAUCGAUUAAGAGAACGUAUGAUUAAAAAGAAACAUCGAAACUUAUAUAGGAGUAUGAUGGAAGGUCGCAAGGAAAGAGCCAAGGAAAUAUGGCUUCUUCGUAAGAAGAGGCGGCUACAUGAUACCGCUGAGAAGCAAAAACGCAAAGAAGAACGCAAACAGAAAAAAGUUAAAGUUACUGAAUAAGAAUAAAUAAAAAAAAGCAAUUAAUAUAAAUUUAAUAUUUAGUUUACUUUUAUUCCACAUACAUCAUUUUUUGUAAAUGAUGAACUGUAUUAAGAUUAUAUCUAACCACAUUUUUCAUAUAAUCUUUUUGUCUUUUAUAUAUCAGUAUCGAAUAUAAAGUCAAUGAAAAUUUGACAGCGGAAUGUAAUAACUUUCUCGAUAAUCAUAAGUACAGUUACGCGAAUAGAGAGAUGUUUUUAAUCCAGUCCUCCCACUUACCGGAAGCCCACGCAUACGAUGAUUCUGGUUUCUACUUUUCCACCGAAGGACUUUGAAGGCCAGACUACCUACAUAUAUUAACCUACGCAAUCUAUGAAAACAAGGAAAAUUUGAAGGAUCUUUGAAGUGGACAAUAUUUGAAUUUUAAAAAUUCUUAAUUAAUAAUCGUGGUCAUAAAAAUAAAAAUAUGUAACAUCUCUUGUACAAUGAAAAUAAAUAUCUGCUAUAUCAUGCAUCUUAGAUUUCUACAUGGUCAUCAUUAUGAUUUUAAAUUUAAUUUCUAUGUAAUAUACGAAGUGAUUUGCUGCAUGAUCGAAAUUAAGACUUAGCAAUCGACAAAACAAUGUUCAAUCACAUUGUUCUCGAAACAGAAAAAGGAAAGAAUGGAGAAUUAAGCGAAAGGAAAUAAAACAAUUUAAUAAUUAUUUCAGCAUAAAUGAAUUUAAAUAAUUUUUAAUUCAUUUCCUCUCCAAACGAUCGCCAUAUUUUGUAAAAGUAAAAAACGUUAAAUAGGUUUCUUAAUAAAAUCGACGAUUGACUAACGUCUAUUUGUGAGAAAAGUAUUAAUAUUUCUUAUUUGUUUGACACAGGUUUUUCGCGAAUAUUCUCGGUUCUGGAACAGCUUCUCAUCGAUUUCUUUAGUUAUUUGCAGUGGUGACUGAACCGAUGUGUCGCGACACUGGCGUCGGUGAAGUCACCAAUACCUAACCCGAUUCAGGUGUGCGAGCUGUGUGCAGAUUGGGUGCUUACGUCACCCUUGCUAUUCCUGU